AUUGAUCAUGUGUUCAUUAAUUGCCUGCCUGCCUGCCAUGACCAUUAGGUUACUGCCUAGUGGAAAUAGAUUUAGCUCAAGGUGUCUGUUUACUAAUUGUUGGUGAUGACUGAUUUUGUUUCUUUCACUAAAUCCAUGCAGACACAAGAUCCUCCUUUUCUCUUAUAAAAACACCUAUAAACCCUUUUUUGGCACACCAAAGCAGCACCCAGAAUUCUUAGCAAAUGAAGGCCAACACCAUCCUGACAUGGCUAGCUGUCUCCCUCGCCAUUUUGAUCGCUCUUGGCCACUCCAGAGCAGAAGAAACAGAACCCCUUUCAAACAAUCUGAAAAUCGAUCUUUUUCUUGACAAAAUUGGUAAGUGGAGUCAUCAUCAGAUACAGUCUCAAGAAACAGGAUUGAAACUAGCACCCUCUAUGGUGAUAGCAGGAGUUUUAUGUUUCAUAGCUGCCUCUGUAUCUAGUGCAGGUGGAAUUGGUGGAGGGGGGUUGUAUAUUCCAAUACUAACUAUAGUGGCAAGUCUAGACCUGAAAACAGCCUCAAGUUUCUCAGCUUUUAUGGUCACAGGAGGGUCUGUUGCUAAUGUCAUGUGUAACAUGUUUACAAGAAGUGCGAAGUUUGGUGGUCAGACCUUGGUAGACUAUGAUAUUGCAAUUCUGUCUGAACCGUGCAUGUUGUUAGGAGUUAGUGUUGGGGUUAUUUGUAAUCUUGUUUUCCCAGAGUGGCUUGUCACAAUUUUGUUCGCUGUUUUUCUUGCUUGUUCUACCUUUAAGACUUGUCAGAAUGGUGUUUUUCAUUGGAAGUUGGAAUCGGAAGAAGUGAAUAGAGAUGAAAGUGGGAAUUUGGAAAAUGGGUUGGUUGAAAAUGAGACUAGCACUAAGGAAAGUGAAGAGGUGAUAAGCAGUGUCAAGGAGCCUCUUUUGGGUGUAGAAUUAACUGGUUCCGUAUUGAGGUUUCCAUGGAUGAAGUUGGGGAUAUUAUUCAUCAUCUGGUUCUCCUUCUCCAUCCUCUAUCUUCUUCGAGGCAAUCGGUAUGGAGAGGGUAUUAUACCAAUGGAGUCCUGUGGAUUUGGAUAUUGGGUUGUCUCAUCACUUCAGAUUCCUCUUGCAAUAAUGUUCACAGCAUGGAUACUGUACAGAAAAGAGAGCUGCCAACAUCAAACUAUAAACCAGCAGGGCAUGGAAGACCUAACAGGAGGUGGAACAUCAAAUAAGCUGAUUUUCCCAGUCAUGGCAUUAUUAGCAGGGAUGUUGGGAGGAGUUUUUGGGAUUGGAGGUGGAAUGCUUAUCAGCCCACUUCUGCUUCAUGUUGGAAUAGCACCUGAGAUAACUGCAGCAACUUGCUCGUUCAUGGUUUUCUUUUCAUCUUCAAUGUCGGCAUUACAGUAUCUAUUGUUGGGCAUGGAACAUGUCGAUACCGCCAUCAUCCUUUCCGUCAUUUGUUUUGUUGCAUCACUUCUUGGGUUGCUGGUGGUACAGAGGGCCAUAGUAAAAUAUGGCAGGGCUUCCAUGAUUGUAUUCUCAGUUAGUACAGUAAUGGCUUUGAGUACUGUUCUGAUGACCAGCUUUGGAGCUCUUAAUGUUUGGAGGGAUUAUAAUUCUGGGAGAAACAUGGGGUUCAAACUGCCCUGUUGAAGAAAGUUUUGUGUUAGUAAUUAGCUCCCAGAUUAGGUUCAGUUUUGAGUGCCAAGCUUAAAAUAAAAAGAACUACAUAUAGCAAAAGCAAUUUGUAUAGUAA